AUGCAGGCCCAGUACAACCCUCGCGACUCUUACCAGGUCCUCUGCGUCCAAUGCCACGAACGCCCUCAGUUCAAUGAUGGCGUCGAGCGGCACCUCUAUUGCGGCAAGCACUGCGCCAUUCAAGCGCGGCUGGCAGGCGGACAUUCGGCGUCGACUGUUGCUUCUCCACAGCCGCAGACUUUGCCCGCGGUAAUCGCGCAGCCACAAAAUACUCUAUGCGCACUGAGCGGAUGCGAUCGCGCCGUAUAUAUCGCCCCCGACGGCACAGAGGGAACAUUCUGCAGUCGCGCGCACAUGAGAAUGGGUCAGCCAGCGCCGCCCAGCGGUGCGAGCCCUCAAACCGACGGCACUCUUUUUACAAUGCCUCCUCUGCAAAGGCACGCGUCAAAUUCUUGCCUGACCUGCCAGCGCGGCACCGCAGCCCCGGGCUGCGUCUUUUGCGGCACCCGCUGUGAGCAGAAGGCCGGUGAACGUGGCAUGGUGCUCGCCAAUGUCCCAAAGGAUCAUGUUGCCUUCCAUGAUGGUAUGAGGUCUUCAUGA